UCUGGAUUUGGGAACAAUGGGGAUAGGAUUCAGCACUCUGGUCAGUUCUAGGUUAAAGGUUGUGAUUUGGGGUAAGCCUGGUUAGCGAGCUUUAUGAAUCUAGUGAAACUAGUAUUACGCAUUGGGCUUUCUGGUCAAUUGCUUAGUUCAGAGACCCCAGCCGUAAGAGUAUUAAUUAUUUGUGUGUUGACGUUCCCUAUAUGUGAAUAUGCAUGUGAUUGCCAGGUUACCAAAUUACCAUUAAGAUUAGGUGUUCAUUUAGAGAAGCACAGAUACAGAAGCACAAGAGGUCUAAAACUUUAUUAAGUAAGGUACAACUCACAAGCAUCAUAUUGAUUGGCUAACUAGCCUGUCUUAGCUUAUCUUUGGGAUAUCAGGAUCAGGAACCUACAAUGAAGGUUCUAUUCCAAUUUCCAAACUUCCAAACAUCUCUCUCAAUGUUGAGCUGAUAUUGUUUGGAUUAUCAGGAUCUUCAGGAACCUACAAUGAAGGUCCCGUUCUGAUUUCCAAACUUCCAAACAUCUCUCUCAAUGUUGAGUUGAUAUUGUUUGGGUUUCAAUAAGUUGUCCUCCACAUGGACCACAUCUAAUUAUUUGGAAUAGCACAAGGCAGAUCUAAAUACCAGUACUAAUUAAAAACUCUAACUUUGUGCUCCAGUUUAUUUGGAAAAUCUCAAAGCAGAACCCUCGUACUUCCUAGAGUUCAGAUCUUGUCAAAAUUCAGAAAUUUCACAUUGCUCAAAGUAAAGGCACGAGUCACUGCACGCUUCCUGCAAAGCCAAUCUGACUGGCGCAUUUGCUCCUUCCUCUACUGAAAUUAAUCCAAUGCCAUAGUUCAUGUCAGUCUUCACGAAACCUGGAUUGACGCAGCAUACUUCCAGCGAUGGGUGCCUUUUAGCAAGGAGCCUACUGUAGGCAUUGACCAACGUUUUGGACACUGCAUAUGCUGAUACCACUGGUUGCCAGCCAUGUGCUUCUAGAUUUCCAUCCUUGAAAUCUUUCAAGAAAAUGCUGGCCACAUCCUUGAGCUUCUCAUCCGACAGGUUAUCAAUGUCACUUAGCACCUUUAUGACCCCCUCAUUCGAGAUGAACUGUGGAAAAGAAUCAAACAAUUCAACUCAUUGCAUGAUAAAGUUUCAUUGCAGAACAUGAUUUUGCAUAUUGCAAUUCAUCUGUUCAAAGGUUGUUUCUACCAAAAAUGGCUAAAUCACUUUAGCUUAUUAUUCUCCUGAUUAGGUGCCUUGUGAUAAUAUUUUUGGCAGAACUAGGUUAUCCCUGUUUUGUUGUUUUCAAACUACAUAUGCAGAUAUUCUCACGGUUAUGUUAUCAGAAGAAAAGUAAUUCGAUAUAAUUCUUUCAUGGAUAAGGUUACCUGGAGUUGUGAAAUUUUUGAGGUAAGAUUUAUCACUUUUCCUGAAUUGGAUAGAAGGAGGAGUGGCAUCAGGCAAUCUGUAACAUCCUUUGUGCCAUAGAAAUUUAUUUCCAGACAUUCCUUGGCCAUCUCAUAAUUUUGUUGCAAGCUUCCCAUAUAACUAUUCAGAAAACCCAUUAGAUCUUCCUAUACAGAGAUAGCAGUACAAAAUUUAUCUCAGUUAUAAUCAGUGGCUAUAUCAUAUUAUGUACACUAGUUAAAUACCCGUGCUUUGCUACGGAUAAAAAUAAAUUAUACAUGUGCUAACAUUGUUUGGAACAAGUUAAUUUAAGGUUUUUGGAACAAUAUCAUCCCUGAUUCCUUGUGGAUGUCUUUGCAUUGUAAACUUAAAUUCUAGAGAUGAAAUAAGAUAUUAACAAUAUGUAGAAGUACUGUUUUAUAAAAUUAAAGUACAUGAAAGAAUAGUUGGUAAAAAAUACAACAGAGUUGGUGGGUGGCAGAUUCACUGCCACCACCAUUUUCUUCUUUUAAAGGAGUAUAGAUUUUCAAAAUCUAAGAAACUUUCCAAAGGGUUGCUUUGGUGCUCUCUUGUUCAAAAGUGAAAAGAAAAUAGCUACUUGAAAACUUGCCUUGGGAUCCUGCUCUAAGAGUUCACGUAAUCUUUCAGGAUCGAUGGUUGUUCCUCCAAUGGCUGCAUUGUUCACCUGAGAAUUCCAAAAAUCUUGAGCAAAACUGAACUUAUCUGUAACUAAUAACUACGUACGUUCCGUUUGAAACCGCUGAACUGCAUAUAUCAGUCUACUCACCAAAAUGUUGAACUUUCCAAAUUUGGUCCUUAUAAACUCCACUAACAGCAUAAUGCUCGAUCGAUCAGUCACAUCCAAUUGAUGAAAGAUCACACCAGAAAGACCAGACUGCUCUAGUGCCUUGACAGCUUGAGAGCCCUUCUUUUCAUCCCUUGCAGUCAGCACGACAAGAAUGCCAUUACUCGCGAGUUGCCUGCAUAUCUCUAACCCCACUCCUCUGUUGCCUCCGGUGACCACUGCAACCCUGAGGUAACAUAUGCACGGCAGUCAAGUAUGCAUAUGCUUCAAGCAUUACUGAUUAAGCGAUUAGGAAUUUAUUGUGAGUAUGCUGUAUGCAACAAAAACUCGUUUUAUUUCAAUUUGAAUAGGUACAUAAAACUAGAUGUUACCUGGUUUCCAUCGCUACUGGUGAAACGUGCAGUGAACCGUGAACCCUGAUAAAUGUCUGACGAACUAUAAGAAGUGCCAUGCUGCACUAGGUUUCAGUAACUGAUUGGAUUACUAAAUUAUAAUUGUGUCACUUAGGCAUCAUCGAAUUCAUCGAAUCCUACUUUGUUUUGUAUCUCAUAUACGAAACUGCUUACCGGAGCAUCUCUUUGGGAAGUACCAAGGUUUUUGUUGGCUGUGUUGCUUCUAGAACUUCUUAUCUUGGAAUAGCCAUCUAAUGGAUAUUGUACCAAUUCAAAUCGUUCUGUUUUAUUUUAAUUAAUUUUACUAGCUUACCGCGACGAUUAAAAAGUCAUUAGUUUGUUUUUUUUCAAAAAUGUGUGUGUGUGUGUGUGUGUGUGUGUGUGUUUGUGAAUGGCAAUUAAAGAACAGGACAAGAAAGCUGUUGCCAACAAAUGUGUCAAUCAAAUAUUUGACCGAUGAUAAUAUAUUGGUUUGAAAUUUGUUAUUUUCAUAUCUCACAAAUGAAGACGAGUUUGGAUAAAAUUUUCUACAUGGUUGUGUAACAUCUUCUCAUCUACAUGUGGCUUUUUUUUUAAUUUUUCACCUAAAUUAGAGUAUAGACCAAAGCUCUAGAUAAAAUCACUGGAUUAAUUGAUUGCGUCGUACUAUCAUUGCAUGUGAUAAGCUGUACAGUGCCUAGCAGAAAAAUCUAUGUUGACCUCGCAAGCCAAAAUAUCCAUACUAUUCAGUAUAUUUCCUAAGUCCACUGGAAUCAAAUGUGAGUAUUCAAUAUCCUACACGCGUUUCUUGCUCUGGCCAAAAUUGGCACGCAAGUUUGACAAAAAGUCAAUCAUUAGUACUCCCGCAAAAAAAGAGUAUGUAAUUAUAUCUGAGAUUGAUGAGGUUUAACAUAAAGUAUACUAUUAAGGAUAAUAUCAAGUAGGGAUUGUUCUACCCGCAAAAAAAGAAAAGAAAAGUAGACUGUUCAACUGAACUUGAUCUUCCGGGAUUUAUCAUACAUCGAUAACUGUGAUUUUUUUAUGGCUCCAUGAAACCGUGAUCAUUCCUACAGUACAUUGUUCAGUUCAUCAGUGUAUAUUUAUGUAAUUAUUAGUUGUAGAUGACAGGUAUAGUACGUCAUUUUUGGCUGGUUCUUGACAAAAUGGUUGUACCAAAAUGAUGUAAUGUAAUUAAUUUGAGAAAUUUUGUCAUGACGCAGAAUACCACUACUCAACAGUACACAUUGAGAAUAUAGUACAAUACUCCGAAGUUUUAUAUUGAAGACUACGCGUGUUGAAAUAAAACAGUAUGUCUUCUAUCCUUUUUUUCUUUUUUGGAAAAUUGCAACCAAAUCAUCCUAAUGCGUCAUAUUUUCAACUAAAUCGUACUCGUCGAUCUUGACAUCUUCAGAUAAUACUGACAACCUAAAAGCUGUUUAAUUCUUAUUAGAAUGUAGAGAUUUAACAACAGAAGCAAGUUUGGCGCAAACGCCAUGCGGCGUCCCGAGCUAAUCAUGCGGUCCCUUCCUCUAAUUCUCUUCCUAAGCCUUGGGAGUUUCCACCUCGCCGCAGCCGCCGUUGAUGACCAGUUCACCUUCGACGGCUUCGCCGGCGUGAACCUCACACUCGACGGCACGGCCGUGGUCACGCCGGGCGGCCUCCUCAUGCUGACGAACGGCACGACUCUGCUGAAAGGCCACGCCUUCUACCCUUCUCCCCUGCGUUUCUUUCACGAGGCGACGAGCGGCGGCGGAUCCUCCACCGUGCGGUCCUUCUCGACGGCGUUCGUGUUCGGCAUCGUCAGCGAGUACGCCGACCUGAGCAGCCCCGGCCUGGCGUUCGUCGUCGCCAAGAGCCGCGACUUCUCGUCGGCGCUGCAGAGCCAGUACAUGGGCCUGGCCAACGCGCGCAACAACGGCAACGCCAGCAACCACUUCCUCGCCGUGGAGCUGGACACCAUCGUCAACGCCGAGUUCGGCGACAUGAGCGACAACCACGUCGGGAUCGACGUGGACGGCCUCGCGUCCGCCGCCGCCGACGACGCGGGCUACCACGACGACCGCACCGGCGCGUUCGUGAACAUGAGCCUGCUCAGCCGCGCGGCGGCGCGGGUGUGGGUGGACUUCGACGCGCGCACCUCGCUCGUCAACGUCACCAUGGCUCCCCUCGAGCUGCCCAAGCCGACGACGCCGCUGCUCUCCGCCGCCGUGAACCUCUCGGCCGUGAUCGAAGACGAAGCCUACGUCGGCUUCUCCUCGUCCACCGGCGUCGUCGCGAGCCGCCACUACGUGCUUGCCUGGAGCUUCAAGAUGGACGGGCCAGCACCAUCGCUAAACGUAUCAAAGCUGCCGGCGUUGCCUGUCACGAUCGCCAGGGCUCCGUCCAACGUUCUGAAGAUACUAUUGCCCAUAGCCUCGGCCGCACUGGUGUCGGCAUUGGCCAUUGCUGUUCUUGUGAUUCACCGGAGACGACGCAGGUAUGCGGAGCUUAAAGAGGAGUGGGAGGUUGCGUUUGGGCCACACCGGUUCUCAUACAAGGAUCUGUUCCGUGCCACGAAUGGUUUCUCCGAUGAGCGAUUGCUUGGCUUUGGAGGAUUUGGAAGGGUGUACAAGGGAGUACUACUGGUAUCCCGAGUGGAGAUUGCAGUGAAGAAGGUAUCUCACGAGUCGAGGCAGGGAAUGAAGGAGUUCAUUGCCGAGGUGGUUAGCAUUGGUCAACUUCGACACCGGAACCUUGUGCAGUUGCUUGGAUAUUGUCGGCAGAAGGGUGAGCUACUGUUAGUCUAUGAUUAUAUGCCAAAUGGUAGUCUUGAUAAGUAUCUGUAUGCUGAGAACAGCAAAAUCUUGAGUUGGGCUCAAAGGUUUAGAAUCAUCAAAGGCAUCGCAUCGAGCAUAUUGUAUCUCCAUGAGGAUUGGGAACAAGUCGUUCUGCAUCGAGACAUCAAGGCAAGCAACGUAUUGUUGGACGCCGAAAUGAACUGUCGGCUAGGUGACUUUGGCCUUGCAAGGUUAUAUGAUCGUGGCACCGACCCACACACCACACACGUGGUUGGCACAAUAGGGUACCUAGCCCCCGAGCUAGGGCACACCGGCAGGCCAUCGAAGGCGUCCGACAUCUUCGCCUUCGGUGUGUUCAUGCUAGAGGUUACCUGCGGACGGCGGCCUGUCUUGCAAGACACGAACGGCGGUCAACUCUUGUUGGUGGACAUGGUGCUGGAGCAUUGGCGGCAAGGGACGGUCACUGACGCUGUGGACCCACGGCUGCAAGGCGACUUUGCCGUGGAAGAAGCAAGCCUGGUGCUGAAACUAUGCUUGCUUUGUUCACAUCCUCUGCCCAGUGCUCGUCCGGGCAUACGGCAAGUCGUGCAGUUGCUAGACGGUGCCAUGCCACUCCCAGAGCUAUCACAAGCUCACCUAAGCUGUAACAUGCUGGCCUUGAUGCAAAAUCAGAUGGGCAACUCAUGCUCUGUUGCGUCGUCGGUAGCUGGUAAUAUCUCUGACAUUCCUCGAGCGAGAUGACCACAAGGUUUUAGUCUCUUCGCUAUAGGAUUUGACCAUAGUGAUAGAUUACUCGGUGAAAAGGAAAUAUCGUAGAUUACUCUGAUGCAAUUUACCAUGCAAAAGUUUAGGUAAGACUUGGGAGAUGAUUCUAAUCUCUCGUGUGGACGUUCACUUGUUUAUCACAUGUCAACUAAAUGAUUGUGAAUUUUCAAACAUAUAUGUAGGCAGAGUCCAUAUUAGUAGUUAUUUAUUGUUUGCUUAUCAAGGUAGUGUUUAUUUAAAAGAGACUUAUCUCCAGUUCAAAGAUAGUGUUCGUCCAACUAUGUACUGUAUUAUUAAAUGCAUCUCUCGGAUUCGAUUAUAAAUACGA